CGAUCGGCUCGGUCAGCGGCUUGUUGUCCUGCGGACACGCCCAGACUUCAUCGUUAUCCAGACUGAACUUUACACUUAUGAGCGUCCAGGUGAAUUCACACGCACGUAUAAACACAAAUGGAGACUCGGGACGCUUCCGGGAGCGAAGACUGUCCUUUCUGUCGGAUAGUUGACCGACAGACUGACACGGAAAUCCUGCUGAGCGAUGACGAGCUGCUCUGUUUCCGUGACACGAAGCCCGGUGCCACGCAUCAUUACCUUGUUGUUCCCAGGACGCACAUCGACAACUGCAAACGUCUCCAGGGGGACGACGUGUCUCUCGUGGAGCGGAUGGUAGAAAUGGGAUGGAGCGUACUGAAGAAGAACAAAGUUAGCGACCUGGAGGACGUCAGGAUGGGGUUUCACAUGCCUCCGUUCUCAUCUGUUCCCCACCUCCACCUCCACGCCCUGGCUCCAGCCAGUGAGAUGAGCUUCGCCUCGCUGCUACGAUACGGGCCGCAGACGCACUGGUUCAUCACAGUCGACAAAGUGCUUUCUCAGCUGAAGACUCGCGGCAGAGUGAAAUGAUGAGAUGCAAAGAGUCUAAAGUGUUGUUGUUUAUGUCAACUGGUCAUCCCUCUUUUUUGGAGUGCAAUUUUAAAUCGGUUCACUUACUGACUAGAACUUUUUAUGUUGAUGAGUUAUAAUGAUGUUUAUUCAUCCAUCCACUCCGGUCGAUGAUUUGUUGGGGAAAGGGCUUUGUUUCUGAAGUGACACUGGCAAUAAUUUAUUUUUCAAAUGGAUUUGUAGCCUUGUGAAAUAUAAUGUUGCGCAAUGAGAACAUGACUACAGCUUGUAGUUGUUUUAUUAUUUAUUCAAAUUCACAUAUAACACAUAUUGAUGUUUUUUUUUAAUCACACUUGUACAAUAUUGAUUCAAUGUUUAUUGGGUUGAUUAUGUAUAUAUAUUUUAAUUAAAUCUAAUUUAUCUAGCUCCCAA